GACUUCUUAAGACUGGCAGUGUUUUGCAAAAACUCCAUUAAUGUUUCCUUGCUGGACUCCACCCUUGCUUUUCAGAUUAACAAUUUCACCAUUACAUUUUACCUACAACAGUUGACUGUCAGGGGCAUUUAUGCUUUGUUCGAAAUCGCUCGUAUUACAUUCCCUCAUUCCUUAGAAGGCAUUCCUGCAUUUUUCAACUUACGCAACAUUCGUCUCCUCUUGGCCGUAAAUAAGGUCUUUUGG